AGUGUUAGAUGCAGAAAUGUCUGUACCUUUCUCCAACACCAACCUUCGUGUUCCACGUGGCUUUGGCAAUAUUUUGGAGGGUCUUGCCAGAGAAGUGCUGAGAGAGCAGCCUGAGGACAUCCCCACAUUUUCUGCUGUGUACUUCACAGCACUUCUCAAACAGAGAGAGGAAAGUGGCCUUGAUCCAGCUGAAUGGGGUGCCCGGCUGGAGGACAGGUUCUACAACAAUCAUACUUUCAAGAAUACAGCAAACCAAGGAAACUCCAGCUCAGCCACAGCAACUGGGAGCUCUGUGAAUGAAGACAAAGCUGAUCAGGCUGAAUCUUUAGAAAAUGGGGAUCCAAUUAUCCAGCCAGCUCUGAGCUCCUCACCUUCAUCUGAGACCCCUGAUGCCUCUAAAGAUGAAGAAAAACUGGAACCACAGCAAAGCAACGAACUUGAUAAUAAAGUAGAUAAUCAAUCAGGUGAGACUGAUCCUGGGCCCACUGCAGAGAUUUCAUACAGAGGAACUGCAGAUGUUGACAUAUGUGCUGAAGAACUUCAAGAGGUGGAGAUCAAGGAGCAAGGAGAAACUGGUGAGGUUGAUGAAGAAAAAGAAACAGCAGAUAAAGAAAUUGAGCCUACACCUCUGUCCUCAUAUCGUGGUCUUGCAGAUGUAGAUGUAUGUGCUGAAGAGCUGCAGUCGACUUUGCAGGAAGAUGAUCCUGCAAAUAAAGACACUGAGAGCAGUAGAGAUAUGAUUGAUGCGAGUCUUACUGGAGUUUCAGAGAGCCCGAAACCUGUCCUCGACGAGCAAGAACUGUCUAAAUCGCAGGAUGUCCCAUAUAGCCAUGAUACAUUGACUCUGACUGGUAAUGAGUCCCCAGAACAUACAGAGCAGGAUGCUGCUGAAGAGUUAAAUGACUUCUCAAACAGUGAAAAACCAGUUGCUCUCCCAGUGGAGGAUGUGGAAGAAACUGAUGACCUUUCUGAAGAAGAUCAGAACACUCUUUCUGAAAUGACUGAUACUUUGUUUGAAGAACCUGAGGGAGAAAAUAGUCACUUUAAGCAUUUCGGUUUAAACAAAGCAGCAGAAAAUAUUACUGUUCCUGAAGUGGGGGACACCUUUGAAGAAACAAGUAGAGACAGAGCAGAACAGGAAACUGAAAACUGGGAACCAAAGGAUGCUUUGGCAGAAACUGAGGCCAUGGAUGAAUCCUUGUCAAGUCUGGAAAAGGACAAUAGCAACAUUGCUAGUGCAGAAAAUGAGCAUUUUGCAAACAUAGCAUCUGAAGUUCAAGAAGAAGACGACUGUGACUGUAUCGACAAGAGUGAAGUCAUUGCUGAUGAAGUUAUGAGCACUGAUCAUCAAGGUGCCUUUGAGAUGGAAGAAGAUGUGAAGAGUAAUGACGAGGAGAAUGACCUUCUUCAAAGCAGUGCUGAUGCUCCAGUGGAGAGGUUGGGAGCAUUGGAGAGCAACACUAGUCUCAUUGACACUUCCACUGAGGAAAUGAAAGAAGACAAUCUCAGAAGAAUAUCUCAACAGGAAUUACCUGAGUCUGAGGACCACAUUGGAAGUGACGAUCAAGAAGGUAAUGGCAUCAGUGGGACUGAGAUGAAGGAAGACCAUUUGUUUGGCGAUACAAUCACUCAAGAAGUUGAAGGAGCUUCUCAGAGUCCCACACCUGAGGAGACUGAGGUCAUCCAUGCAGAUUCACAAGGGCUGAAGAUUGAAGAAACUGAGACAGAUAUAGACCAAGAAGAACAGCCUGACCCUCAGCAGGACAUCAAGCAGGAAAGUGAGGACAAGGAGAUGGAGAAUCCAGAAAGCAAGAGUGACCAACAGGUGAGGAGAAAUAAGAUGUAUAGUAAUGUUCUUUUCCAUAGAUGCAUAUGCCGCUGGUGCCCCCUCUCUCUCUUUCUCAUGCUCUCUCUCCUUCAUUCCUGCUCUCUCUCACCUCCUUCCUUCUGUCCCUCUAUGACUCUCCCUCCUUCCUCUCUUCUCCCCUCCCUCUUCUCCUCUCCUCCCUUUCCACCCGCCCUCAGAUUGAGAAUAAUAAGCAUAGCUGAAAGAGAGACAGGCUUGUUCGAGACACUCGCAGUGCCAAGAGGUUUACGACCCAUUGCGAUUAGCACAAUACACGAACACGUUAAUCGCCAUCUGCUAUUGUGCGUCAUGGAUUGCCAUAUCGAGGAAUGCAGCCAACCACAGGAGGAAGAGGACAUCAUGGACAUCCCCUUGGAUGACCCAGAGGCUAACAAGGCAGCCACCAAGAUCCAGGCUGGCUUCCGUGGCCACAUGACCAGGAAGAAGCUAAAACCAGGCGACAAGCCUGGCGAGGAGGUGAGCAGCAGCGGUGAGGCCCUCAACGGCAGCCAGGGGGACACAGCAGGAGGAUCAGAAGGAGUAGAGACAGACGACACGUCCGUGCCAGAGCAGUGAGGAUGCGUCACUUUGUGGAGAGCACCAUGACUUUUGGCCCUGUUUCUAGAGAUGUACCUUUUUAUGUAGAGAAAAGCAGUAGU